AUGUGUUUGUCGCCUUCUUCUCAUUUGGUUCGUGAAGUUCAAUUUUUCAGGUAUGUUUGGAUAAAGGGAAAAACGUAUCCAACUCUCUCUUUAUCUCUCGCAAAUACCGCCGAUGACUCUCACCCUCACCUUCUUCCUCAUCCUCCACCGCCUGCCUCCGCCUCCCGUGAAGAGGUCCGAUCAAUCCUCGAGUUCAGAAAAGGCAUCAAACCUGACCCUUUCGACCUCGUCUUCUCCUUCUGGGUGCCCCCCGCUGACGCCUUCGCCUGCUAUGAAGACUUAUGCGGCUUCGUCUGCUACACCACCGGCGGCGCUCUCGACGACCUCUGCCUUACGUGUGAACUGAAAUUCCGGAUCCCUGCUCGCGUAUGUUUAAGGCGGCGUGAAGAGACAAAGGGCGACCGUGACCUAGGGCGUCGGAGGUGGAUGGGGAAGGGCGAUCCGUCAUCUCCCUACUCGCGAUUUCAUCUCCACCAGACGGGCAAACUACAUUCACAACGAAAAAGAACCCUUCGCAGCCACACUCCAAAACCCUAUCCCCGUGCCGUGGUUUUGCCGUCGGCGAUUGAACCGGCAAUGGACGACGUCUGCGAAGGCAAGGACUUCUCAUUCCCCUCGCAAGAAGAUAAGAUCCUCUCAUGGUGGGAAGAUGUCAACGCCUUCAAGACCCAGCUCGAGCGCACCAAAGAUUUCCCAGAGUACAUUUUCUACGACGGCCCGCCGUUCGCCACCGGCCUCCCUCACUACGGCCACAUCCUGGCCGGAACUAUCAAAGACAUCGUGACCCGGUACCAGUCGAUGACUGGUCAUCACGUCACCCGGAGAUUCGGAUGGGAUUGUCACGGUCUGCCCGUGGAGCAUGAGAUUGAUCUCAAUUUGGGGAUCAAGAGCAGGGAAGAUGUGAUUCGGAUGGGGAUUGGGAACUACAAUGAAGAGUGUAGGGGGAUUGUGCAGAGGUAUGUGAACGAGUGGGAGAGGAUUGUGGUUAGGAUGGGAAGGUGGAUCGACUUCAAGAACGAUUAUAAGACUAUGGAUUUGAAUUUCAUGGAGUCUGUGUGGUGGGUGUUCUCUCAGCUAUACAAGAAGGGUCUUGUCUACAAAGGUUUCAAGGUUAUGCCAUACAGUACUGGCUGCAAGACACCAUUGUCCAACUUUGAGGCUAACUCCAACUAUAAGGAGGUUCCUGACCCUGAAAUAAUGGUGACCUUUCCUCUAGUUGACGAUCCAGAUGGUGCAAGUUUUGUUGCAUGGACCACAACCCCUUGGACCUUGCCUAGUAAUCUUGCCCUCUGUGUGAAUGCCAACUUUGUAUAUUUGAAGGUGCGAAACAAGUUCAAUGGAAAGACUUUUAUUGUUGCGGAAUCACGAUUGGCCGAGCUUCCCGUUGAAAAGGCAAAGAAAGGCUUGCCUGAUGGAGCUGUUGGUGGUUCCGAAAACUCAAACUUGAAACCCAAGUCUUCCAGUGGUAAAGCUAAGAAUGUCGAUACAUAUGAAGUUCUUAGCAAGUACACUGGGGCCUCGCUCGUGGGAAAGAAGUACGUGCCUUUGUUCAACUACUUUAACGAGUAUGCUGAUGUGGCCUUCAAAGUCGUUGCAGACAACUAUGUAACCGAUGACAGUGGUACUGGAAUCGUCCAUUGUGCUCCUGCGUUUGGUGAGGAUGAUUACCGUGUUUGUCUGGAAAACGGCAUAAUCAGCAAGGGGGAAAACCUAAUUGUGGCAGUGGAUGAUGAUGGUUGUUUUACUGAGAAAAUUGUCGAAUUUAGCAAGCGGUAUGUCAAAGAUGCUGAUAAAGAAAUCAUCCAGGCUGUGAAAGACAAGGACAGGCUCGUCAAAUCAGGAAGCUUCACCCACAGCUACCCCUUCUGCUGGAGGUCUGAUACACCUCUCAUUUACAGGGCAGUACCCAGCUGGUUCGUGGCUGUGGAGACCAUUAAGGAGCAAUUGCUGGAGAACAACAAGCAGACAUACUGGGUCCCAGACUUCGUGAAGGAAAAGCGGUUUCACAAUUGGCUUGAGAAUGCCCGGGACUGGGCCAUCAGUCGGAGUAGGUUCUGGGGGACCCCUCUCCCUUUAUGGAUCAGUGAGGAUGGGGAGGAGAUCGUGGUCAUGGACUCCAUUGAGAAACUGGAAAAACUCUCGGGUGAAAAGGUGACUGACUUGCACCGCCACAAAAUUGAUCACAUCACCAUCCCUUCCAGUCGUGGGCCUGACUUUGGUGUCCUCCGGCGGGUUGAGGAUGUGUUUGACUGCUGGUUCGAGAGCGGGUCCAUGCCUUACGCCUAUAUCCACUACCCGUUUGAAAAUGUGGAGCUAUUCGAGAAGAACUUCCCGGGACAUUUUGUGGCCGAGGGGCUGGACCAGACCCGCGGGUGGUUCUACACCCUUAUGGUUCUGUCAACUGCGCUUUUUGGAAAGCCUGCUUUCAGGAAUCUCAUCUGCAAUGGGCUUGUGCUGGCUGAGGACGGUAAGAAGAUGAGCAAGAGGUUGAAGAACUACCCGGCACCUGAUGAGGUCAUUAAUGAUUAUGGAGCUGAUGCAUUGAGAUUGUACAUCAUAAACUCUCCCGUUGUCCGUGCAGAGCCCAUGCGGUUCAAGAAGGAGGGGGUGUAUGGUGUGGUGAAAGAUGUGUUCUUGCCUUGGUACAAUGCUUACAGGUUCCUUGUGCAGAAUGCGAAAAGACUCGAAGUUGAGGGACUAGCCCCUUUCGCUCCAGUCGAUCAAGCGACUCUUCAGAGAUCAUCAAACGUGCUUGACCAGUGGAUUAACUCAGCAACUCAGAGUCUUGUCCAUUUUGUAAGGCAAGAAAUGGAUGCUUACAGGCUGUACACUGUGGUUCCUUACCUAUUGAAGUUUCUGGACAAUCUGACCAAUGUAUAUGUUCGGUUUAACCGGAAGAGGCUGAAGGGUCGGACUGGGGAGGAGGACUGCAGGACUGCCCUCUCAACGCUUUACUAUGUGCUUCUAACUGCAUGUAAAUCAAUGGCCCCGUUCACACCAUUCUUCACAGAGGUCCUCUAUCAGAAUUUGAGAAAAGUUAGCAAAGGAUCUGAAGAAAGCAUCCACUACUGCAGUUUCCCGACUGUGGAAGGGAAAAGAGGGGAGCGUAUUGAAGAGAGUGUCAAUCGUAUGAUGACGCUCAUUGAUCUCGCAAGAAACAUUCGUGAGCGCCAUAACAAACCUCUCAAAACACCACUUAAGGAGAUGGUGAUUGUGCACCCUGAUUCUGAUUUCUUGGAUGAUAUUGCUGGCAAGCUGAGGGAAUAUGUUCUUGAGGAGCUUAACGUGAAGUCCCUCGUCCCGUGCAAUAACACCUUAAAGUACGCCACCUUGCGUGCAGAGCCCGAUUUCAGCGUGCUUGGUAGAAGACUCGGGAAAUCUAUGGGAGUUGUCGCCAAAGAAGUGAAAGCCAUGUCGACAGAGGACAUUCUGGCAUUUGAGAAGGCAGGUGAGAUCACUAUUGGGCCCCACGUCUUGAAGCUCAGCGACAUCAAGAUUACUCGGGAGUUCAAGGCUCCGGACAACAUCAAGUUAGAGGAUAUGGAUGCAAAAGGAGAUGGUGAUGUUUUAGUGGUGUUGGAUUUAAGGCGUGAUGACUCAUUGUAUGAAGCCGGUGUUGCUCGUGAGAUUGUUAACCGUGUUCAGAAGUUGCGGAAAAAGGCUGGACUCGAGCCAACUGAUUCGGUCGAGGUCUAUUUUAAGUCAUUGGACGAGGAUGAUAAAAUCUCCAGGGAGAUUCUGGAAUCACAGGAGGUUUACAUUAAGGACUCGCUUGGGUCGUUAUUACUCCCUUGUGAUGUGAUGCCGCCUCACGUUGUGGUUUUUGCUGAGGAGAGUUUUCAUGGGAUCUCUAAUUUGUCCUUUGCCAUCUAUUUGGCUAGGCCAGCUCUCGUGUUCAACCACGACGCUGUGGUUGCUCUGUAUGGUGGGAAUACCAAGUUUGCGCAUUGUUUGCAGGUUUAUUUGUUGAGCAGGGACCAUCUUAACUUGAAGUCGGAGUUUCAAGCUAGGAAAGGUAAAAUCGUGGUGGGUUGCAUCGAGGGUGUGCCUCAAGUGGAGGUAGUGUUGGGUCAACACUUGUUUUUGACUGUUGGUGAUUAUUUCUUGAGCAAAAGAGGGGCUAUUUGA